UAGUGGACAGACUCCACCCAAGCCUUUGCCCUUAACUGUUUGUAUCCCUUCUGUAGGUCAGUUUAAAACCCUAGGUUGUGAAAAAUGAAUCCCGCUAUCUCAAACACAUACCAGCUUCUUUUCAGACAGCUCUUUCUUCUUCGGGUUUCCUCUGACUUUGGCGCACAGCGUGCAGGUGGUGCUGACAUCUCUGGUGCCAGCGGUGACUUUUUGCCUCCAUGCUGCAGAUACUGGUAAACUGUGACUUAACAAGGGCCUCUGCGCCUGGGCUCCAGGGCCUCCUUGGGAGGAGCGAUAGGAGCUGUACUGUUGGCUUUGACCCUGCUGAUACUGAGAAUAUUGGGAGGAUCCACCUUGGCCAGAACCUGUUGUAAAGGGCCUUGUUGAGAGGAGUACUGCUGCUGGCUGUACGCCUGCUGCUGACCAGAGCCCUGCUGAUACUGAGCCUGCUGUUGACUGUAUUGAGAGUUAGCUGGAGGAAUAUACACAAGGUUGUAUCUCAUCUAUGCCUUCAGCCCUUGCAACAAACCGAUGUCCACGUCAAACCGGCAAGAAGAAGUCUUACCACCAACCUUGCUGGGAAGAACGGUAGGAUCCCAUUGGUCUCUGAGACAUCAUACCCAUGGCCUGCUGUCCCUGAUAGUGUUGGCCCCCAGCCUGGGCUGAGGUGUAGUGUGGAGUGGCAGACUGUUGGUGCAUCAUGGAGACUGUGAAGGAGAAAUACAGGCUCACCUUGGUUAGACUGCAUGUUGAGGUUGCUGCGGGAGGAGGGAGAGGAGGAUGAGGGUGUGGAGGGAGAAGAGGAAGAAGAGCCAUAACCAGACCCAGGACCCUGGAUCAUGCUGCCCUGGGAAGAGGGCGCAGAGUGGCUGUAACCGGAAGCUGAGGCUGAGCUGCCGUAGCUGCUGGCUGGCAGGCUGAGGGAUGCGGAGGGAAUAGCCGACAGUGCCUGACCAGACUGCUGCAUGGGGGCAUGGCUCGGGCCUGACGACACACACGCACAGUCAGAGCAGCCAGCACAUUCCCAUGCGGGGCCACAUCAUGUUAAUCAUGGGCCCACAUUCAGUUCAUCUUUACAGUAAUCUUUGAAGGAUUGACUGGGACAAGAGUGCAAGGAGGUGUCAUUAGCAGUACGGGGUCCCCGGGUUCAAGCAUGGAUGGAGCAGCUGGAAAGACAUCGAGUAUGACAGCCGCUCAGAGUCAGCCCAAGCUGGGGACAGCUAGCGGAGUCGUUACGGUAGAAUCGGAUGGAACAUCUGGUGUGCAGAAACCUGCAACUGCUGCUGUUCAAACUUUGAAUGGAAGUGCUGUGUUGAUGAACUGUCACGUCACCGGAGGCAUUAGCAGCAAAACCUCACAGUCAGCUGUCACACCUGUCAACAACGGACCUGUUUCUGCGACUAAAGAAGGCGCAACAGUUUUGUCCGCAAGUACUAUUAUACGAACUUCAACGCAGCAUGCUGUGAUUUCGUCUCAGCCAUCAGUAAACAGUGUACCGACUGUCACGCUUGUGAGACCAUCUAUGCAAACUCCCACUAACCCCUCUCACAGCGGAGGCACCACCGUUUUAACAUCACCCACUGUCAGUGUGACAAGCACGACCGGCUCGCUUAUCAACAAAUUCGACUCCACAAAAGCUAUAAUGCCGGUUGUUGCGACUGGGACCACAGCGACCAUGAGGAGCCAUACUGUUUUGCAAAAUGUGAGGACUUCAGUACCGUCAACAAUCGCUGCAAUUCCUCCUGCUGGAAUACGAGCUAUUGCUCCACAGGUGUUGGCCCCACGACUCACUCAGCCUCAACAAAACACUUCAAAUAUCCAAAACAUCCAGCUCCCUCCAGGUAUGGUUUUGGUUCGCAGUGAGAGUGGGCAACUCCUGGUGAUUCACCAACAGACCUUGGCUCAGAUGCAGGCUCAGACGCAGUCCCAAAGCGCCAUGACUCCACGACCUGCAGCCCCCUCCAGCACUCCACCUGUCCAGAUCACUUCUCUUCAGGCUCCGGGCGCGUCACUGCUGGCCCGUCCUGUUACCCCCACCACCAUUAUUAAACAAGGUGCCACAGUCCAGACCACUGUGGCAACCACCACCACACUGCAGCGUCCUCCAGUACUGCAGAACACCAUCAUGCUGGGAGGAACUGCCGCCUCCACGGGACAGCCGAUAGGAACCCCCACCCCAGUGCAGCCCGGAUCUGCAGCCACAGCGGUUACACAGAGGGUAACUGGGACCCCUGUCACUCCAACAGCUAUCACAGCUGAGACACUGGAGAAUGUAAAGAAGUGUAGAAACUUUCUGUCCACGCUGAUCAAGUUGGCCUCUAGUGAAAAGCAGUCUUCUGAGACUACAGCCAACGUGAAGGAGCUGGUCAAGAACUUACUGGAAGGGAAGAUAGAGCCUGAAGAUUUCACCAGUAGGUUAUACCGGGAGCUCAACUCCUCGCCUCAGCCGUACCUUGUGCCUUUCCUGAAGAGGAGUCUCCCAGCACUGCGUCAGAUGACCCCAGACUGCGAUGCCUUCAUCCAUCAGAGCCUCCUGCCUCUGCCCAGUAUUCAGCUUGCUGCAGCAGCCUCCACGGCCCUCACUGCCGUGGUGCUGAGACCUCCUCUCUCCAUGGCCACCACCAUGGCCGGGACCAAAACUACAGUCAUCAGCCUCACUCAGACACCUCGUAGUAAACCUGGACUGAUAGUGCCACAGCAACAGACGAUAGUGAGGCCACAGGUGACACUGGCUCAGUCUCCCAUGGUAACAGUCAGAGGACAAUCCCAAAGCCGGAUCAUUGUGGGGCAGCCGCAGAUGGUCAAACAUCUUCAGACAGCAGUGAGGCAGUUUACUCCAGUGGUCAAAGGAGGGCAAAUUGUCGGUCAGACUGCUGUCAGUGCUGCUCAGAAGCUCAAGGAAGCAGGAGGGGGAACCUUCAGGGAUGACGAUGAUAUCAAUGAUGUGGCCUCCAUGGCGGGAGUCAACUUGUCGGAGGAGAAUGCCCGUAUCUUAGCAACCAGUUCUGAGCUUGUUGGCGCGGUGACUCGAUCCUGUAAGGACGAGGCCUUCCUCUCCCCCUCUUUACUCACCCGGAGAGCUCUGGAGAUUGGUAAGAAGUUUGGUGUCGGUGAGUUGGGGACAAAUGUGAUCAACUACAUUUCCUACGCUGCACAGCAGCGACUAAGACACCUGCUGGAAAAAGUGUCACUAGCGGCGCAGCAUAAAAACCUAACCUUCAAGGAGGAUGAGCGCUGUGAGCAGGUCAGCGAUGUGCGAUCCCAACUAAAAUACUUUGAGCAGCUGGAUCAGAUGGAGAAGCAGAGGAAGGAAGGGCUGGAGAGAGAGAUUCUGUUGAAGGCUGCUAAGUCUCGGUCACGGCAAGAGGACCCCGAGCAGCUGAGACUCAAACAGAAGGCCAAAGAGAUGCAGCAACAGGAGCUGGCUCUGAUCAGACAAAGAGAAGCCAACCUAACGGCGCUGGCAGCAAUCGGACCGAGGAAAAAACGGAAAAUGGACUCUCCUGUUAGAGGCGCAAGUGCAGAGGGCUCGGGGUCGAGCCCCUCUCAGCCCGGCGGCUCCGGUGGAGCGGCCUCCAGACAGUUUAUGAGACAGCGCAUUACCAGGGUGAACCUCAAGGACCUGCUCUUCUGUCUGGAGAAUGAAAGAGGGAACAGUCGCUCACACCUGCUCUAUAAAGGCUUCCUCAAAUAGCACCUGCAUUUGAAAGACUAGUGUCGCUCAGUGGCAGAGUUUCUUUGUCAGAGCGGACUCUCUUUGAUCGCCCGGCUGCUGAAGGAAGAGUCGUCUGUGUGUGGGUGGAGAAUUAUCUGGAACACAGAGAAGACGUCUCUUUUUCAAGCAAGGGUCUUUUGUAUUUUCAGAGGUGCCCUGAUUUCAGUGUGCCUCUCACCUCGGGUAGCUCUUUAAAGACCAGUUGCACCAAACUACACUACAGUCAUGCACUGCCUCAUGCUGCACACAAGAAGCACGUCUUUAGCUGAACGCAGCAUUUCUGACGCAGAGACCGUGUCCGUGUCAUUCACACUGGCAGCCGUGUUGUAGCAGCAAAUCUCUGAAGAGGGGUUCUAUUUUCCAAUAUUGUGCAUCAGCCUGAUUUUACAAAACUGCAGUAACGUGCUAACCCUCUGUUGGCGUAGACUCGUAGAGGUUUUAAUUUAUCACACAUUUAUACUAUAUUUUAUCACAGCCUGUGGAUUGUUUUACAUAGACUAACCUGGACUAGCCUUGCCAUCUGCUGAGUUGCCUUCUAAACAAACUAAGCCAUAUUACAACGUGUUGAUCCGCUUCAGUAACUUCAUCCAUCAGCUCUCUCUAGUCUUUAUUGUUUUGUCUUUGCUUUGUUUGUCUUUGCUUGAUUGGAAUUUUGAAUUGUCAUGUCUGGUGCAUGAUGGGUACUUGGUAUUUGAACUGCCGCCACAGUUUCGUUUUCACAGUGAGCUCCCAACCCGGUCGUUAAAAUCUAAAUAUUCCACCUUUCAUUCAGAUUCUAGCACAUUCAAUACAACGAAUACAUAUACUUUACAUUUCCAUCAUCUCUAAAGCACACCACACUGGCUGAGAUGUGUCCCAGCUUCACAGCAGUCAGCAUAUAUAUAUAUGACGAUAUAAAAUUCAACUCCAAGAACUGUCACUUGUAUUAAUGUUAACAUACGGUGUUUUUCUGCACCGUAUCUGAAAAAAACCCUGAAACUUUGACUUUAAUUACAUGUAUAACGUCAACAGAUUUCACAUACAUGUAUUAAACUAGUUGAAAGCAACAAUAUUAAGUUUAACCUAUUAUUUCUGCGUAUGAACUUAAUAUUAUCACAUUCAGCUCACCUAAUACAGUAGUGUUGACAUAAUACAUUUAAUUAAAUAAUUAAAGUUUUUCCUGUGUAAGGCAGGCUCAUUUCAUAAGCUGGCAGAUUACCUGCUAUGUUAUUGUAUGGGAAGCAAGCUUGUCGUGCGUUGAUAUACAAGAGAGAUAAAGAAAGACUGACAUGAUGAAAAAAGGUUUGACUAAGUAAGCUCUGACUGAAAUCGCUUUUUGGAAGGAUGUUCUCUGUGAAUGAUUGCACAUCAGCACAUUUACGUUUCUGCUUUUGUGCCAUUUAAAAAGAAAUGAUGUAAUUGGAUGGCCAAAUAGAUAUAAAUACAUUGAAACUAGUAUGGUGUUAUCGGGAAGGAAUAUGCCUGUAAGUAAUGUAAAGUAUCCAGGGGGAGUAGCUCAUGUGUGAAUUUUAUAUAAUUGAGUUUGGAGAAAUGAGUCCGGAUAAUGUUAUUGAUUACAGUCAUUUAGGAGAAUCAGACAUUUUCCAAUAAGUUGUUUUAUCCACAUUUUAUAUUUAUGAACUAUCGAGGACGGUCAAGUUGGGAAAACAGGAAAAUGCAACGCAGAACGAGGACUGCACUUUGACAGAUCACUUUUCUAUAACUAUUGAACCAGACAAGCACACCCACUUUAUAACGUUUUAUAUUUUGAAGUGCACAUACUAUUUCUGUCUUUAUAUCUUUCUCAUUUUAUGAAAGAAUGUAUAUGAGCGAGUUUUAUUACUGUAUAUAUUUAAGUUUGCUAUUUGUAGGUUUAUCGGUUGAUAACUUCAGUUUGAGUAAAGGUGUCUUUUACUUUUCUGAUAUGCAGUACAGCAGUAUACCGUAUGACAAUGAAGAUAAAUAGAUUGUACUUUCUUGCCAAGAUCUUGUACAUUUUGCACAACCACUUUUUUAUAUGUACAUCUGAAUUUGAAAAAAGUUUUGAAAUGCUAUUUUAUAAUGGAUUGAAAGAGAAUGACCUCUAUUAAACCAAAAAAAGAAAGAACUGCUUUGAUUGUCUGGUCUUUUAGGUCUUUAUAAAGUAUUUUCUGUCACAUUUCAGCAAUAUUUGUGAACCUGCAGUAAAAUUAGGUUUCUAAGUGAAUCUUUUUAUAGAUUAAUUGAUUAACAUUCCAAUGGAUUUGAUGCAAAAUUGAGUGAAGUACAAUUUUAAUGUAAAGAAAAUGUUUAAAAACAAAUACUUGUACUGAAAACUUAAACAUAUUCCUAACUAAUUAUUGGAAGGAAUAUUUUUCAAAGACAGGGAGCUGGCAACUUGGUGCAGAAAUGAACAGUUAUUUAGCAAAACAUUAUUAGAGCUCAAGGAAAGACAGCAAAAGCUAUGGAUUAUGUUUUCAGGGUCACUGUUCAACACCUCUUUGAGUGCUGUGUUUGGAUUUUUGAUGGUUUUUGUUCAUCUUUUGUCCAGAGGAUCUGUUAACGGAUCUUUCCACGCAUCAAUCUCAGUGCUGGUCAGUAUCUAAUUUUACAUUAUGUUAAAAUAAAUUGAGCUGUUGUGUA